UCUUGCAUGUCUCACGGAAUCACACUCCUCUGCAGGCUGCAGCUCCUCCCCUCACGCGCACAAGCAAGCAGCACAAAGCAACCAAGCGGCCGGGAGCCGAGCACGAUCGAAGGGGCUCCGUUGCCGGAAGGAUAUAGGAGCAGCAAGGUAGCAUUGCCGUCGACGACCACGUACCUCACCGUCGCCGUCCAAUGGCCCGGCCGCAGCAACGGUACCGCGGCGUGCGGCAGCGCCACUGGGGCUCCUGGGUCUCCGAGAUCCGCCACCCACUCCUGAAGACGCGGAUAUGGCUUGGCACGUUCGAGACGGCUGAGGACGCGGCGCGCGCCUACGACGAGGCGGCGCGGAUCAUGUGCGGACCCCGCGCGCGCACCAACUUCCCCGCCGAUGCCAGCGCCAACGCCGCCUCCUCGUCGUUCCUCUCCGCCGCGCUUGUCGAUAAGCUGCACCGGUUCAACCUGGCGUCCGUGCAGGCCACGCAGCGGCAGAGGGAGGCGGCCGCCGCCGCCGCCGCCGCUUCAGCCUCGGCAGCUUCAACCGCGAUGCCUCUAGGUGACGCAGGGACGCUGCCGCUGUCGGCCGCGGAAGGGAGCGGGAGGUUUCUCGAGGAGCAGGACGUGGAGCAGAUGAUCGAGGAGCUGCUGGACUCCAACUUCUCCAUGGAGAUAUGCUACUAGCGCCCUGUUUCUGCCUCUGCCUCUGUUUUUGCGCGGCUGCGCCAAUGAUCACCGCGGCUGCGCCCUGCAUGCAUGUGUAUGCGUUGCGUUGCUCGUACGUAGCACUCAGCUGCACCCUGCAGGCAGCGAGAGAUGUGAAGAACUCCAUAGCAGUCUGCUACUCUGCUUGUUCGAGUUCUUCACUGGUACGUGUAUAGUAGUAGUAGCAGUAGUAUAUGUUGAGUAUUUUUCGUUAGCAUGCAUCUUGCAGGAAGGAAAAUUUCGUUCUUUCUUUUUUGCGAGGAGGAAGGAAAAUUUCUACUAGGCCACGUGGAAGUGUGCCUUAUUAAGAUCAUUCAUUUGUGUUAAAAUUUGUAUUGGA